AUGGCGACAGAAAAGAAAGAAGCACCGGUAAGGGUUCUCCAAAAAGUUUCCAUUUUGUAAUCCUCGAACUUUUUCAGGUUCUGAAUGCAACUGUCGAGGAGCCGCUUGAUUUGUUGCGGCUUAGUUUAGAAGAACGCGUCUACGUCAAAAUGCGCAGUGACCGAGAGGUUUUUUUGUUCGUUGAAGAUUUUUUUCUGAAUAAGUCAAAAGUUUUUUUCAUCAGAGGUAUUUCUCAAAUACCUCACUUUACUUUUUACUAAGUUAAAAAAAUUGAAGAAUAACAUGUAUUUCAUACGUUUUUAGCUUCGUGGUCGCCUGCACGCCUUUGAUCAACACUUGAAUAUGGUCUUGUCGAAUGUGAGCUUGAGUUGAAGAAAACGAAUUUUAUUGGGGCUUUGAACACAGGUAGAGGAAGUGGUGACGACGAGGGAAGUGGACGAGGAGUCUUACGAGGAAGUCUAUCGUCAGACCAAACGCACAGUUCCAAUGCUGUUUGUUCGUGGCGACGCCGUCAUACUUGUUUCACCACCUAUUCGUGCGUCCUAA